UGUCCUUCAGUAUCACUUGUCCUUUUAAGUGGCUCAUUUAUUUUAUUAUUUGGCAUUGGUUUGGGUUUUUGAGGCACUACAUGAAUAACGUUCAUUUUUUCCGUUCCUGUGAAAAGAAGCUCUUUUAACAGUUCAUUUAUUUUGAACGUAUUACUCGCAUGUUCUCUCCUGCCACAAGCCUGCAAUAAGUUAUUUUAGUGUGGUUGUGUUAAAGACAAAUAUCAUAAACUAACAGUUACCUUCAUUCUUACCUUCUCUUUCGCACAUUAUUUGACCAACCCCGUUGUAACGAGUUUCCUGAAGAAGUGCAAUGGAAAAGCAAUCAACUUAUUUUUACUUUCUCAUAUGGUAGUAACAUGCUGAAAGAGAGGAUCCAAAUUAAUGACAUGAAUGCCAAACCAUAUGCUGCAGCCAGAUUAGAUGAUUAUCGCCUUGAUUUUAACUACAAAAGCCUUCGCUGGAUGGGAGCGGUUGCCACGAUUGUUGAAUCUCCUGGCUGCCAUUUGUGGGGUGUUGUUUGGAUUAAAGAAAACAAUACUAUUACAGCACUAGACAAUCAAGAAGGUGUUCAUCAAGGAAUAUAUAGGCCUUUAUCUGUCCAAGUUGUGACUAUUGAUGGAGAGACCCUGAUCUGCCGUUGUUAUCAACAGACUCGAGAGUGGGAAAUAGAUAGACGGCCAUCUGCAGUUUACAAAAAUAUUAUGAUUAAGGGAGCAAAAGAAAAUGGUGUUCCUGAACACUAUGUCAAGAAUAAUUUGGAAACUAUUGAAGAUAAUGGUUAUAAUGGCGAAGUGCAAGUGAAAAUGGAUCUGUUGCAAAAAACCUAACUCUAAGACGUUAGAACCAAUCUGAUCACAGCCCUUUUUUAAAAUGAUAUGACUGCCAGCUCAAAAUUUUAAAUAGUGCAAUAAGACCUAGAAAUUUUGUUUUAGCUUUCCCAUUACUAAUGUUAACUAGUGCAUGUGAAUACAUAACAUAACAUCACAAUAA